AUGAAUUGCUUUUUUGAAGCAUACAUAAGCAGAGGGAACAAAAAUUAUUUAUUGAUAAAUGAUUCAUCAAGAUUUUCUUAUAUAAUAGAUUUAAGACAAGAGAUAAUUAAUAUUUAAAAUACAUAAAGUUCUUUUAUACACUAAAGAAUUACAAAGCCGUGCUUAUAUGAUGUUAAAUAAAAGUUAGAUAAAAAUUACUUUUUUAUAAUUUGCCCAUUAAACACUCAUAUUUACAAUUUAUAAACUCUUACCUUGCACAAUUUCCUAAUUUCUAAUAUAAAUAAUAAUGCAUAAAUAGUUGAUAUAUAAUAAAUAUAAGAUAAUAUUUUCUUAAUAAUUUAUGAUAUAAAAAUUGAAAUAUCGAUUAUAACAUCAAAAAAAAUAGAACUUUUGAAGAGUUAGGUUGAAUUAAUUAAUCCUAUUAUAUAUCAUCAAAGGGUUAAAUAGUUAGGUUAAAACUAGUAUUAAAUUUUAUUAAAAGGAGUUUCAGAUGUUAAUGGAUUUACAAUAGCUUGCUAUGCAGAUUUAAAAAAAUCCAAGAGCUCCAGUAUUGUUUUGGAAGAAUCAAAAAAGAUUUAAAUUUUUUAAGAAUCUGAGAAUGAUGGUUUUAAGAAUUGCAUCAUACAAUAAUCAGAAAAGAGAGACACGAGAAGAAUUAAAUAUUAAAUUUUAUAUAAAUCUUCAUAAGCCAUAAAGGUAUUUGAUAUUUGUAAUUAAAGUCUAUUUAAUGAGAAAACUUUAAUUGAAUACAAAGCUUUCACCUAAAAUAAUAUGAAUAGUGAUAUUGUCCUUACUCUUGUUGAUAGCAAUUUCGUUCAUUCUAAGUUUUAUAACAUAAAGAUUUCAUCAUCAAAUCUAUUUUUAGGUUUUUUAAACUCUGAAGAAAUCCAUUUUAAUCCUGAAUAUAAACUAACUAACUUUUAGCUAUCACAAUUAAAUAUUACAACUAAUUAAAACACCCAUUUUUUAUAUUUCGAAAACAUAACCAAUAUUAUAUUUAAUGAUAUUAAUAUAUCAGAUUAAAAUUGGGAAAGCCAAUUUAUUAUGUCAGACACAUCUUAGCUCACUAUAUAAAAUAUCAAUUUGAAUAAUUUCAACUUCUCAUAAAGGUUUUCAUUUAUGUAAAUAAGUGAUGUGAAAACACUUUAUAUCAAUAAUGUUACAAUUUCUAAUUGCUAUUUUGCUUAAUAGCUUUUUGACAUGACAAAUGUAUAGAAAGUUACAAUUAAAAACCUAAAAAUAAUUGACACAAUAUUCUAAACAAACAUGAUAAGUAUAGAACUUACAAAGAUUUUAAGCGUAUAAGAUCUAAUCAUUACAUACUCUAGCAAACAGAAAAGAGAAGAAUAAGUUUAAAGCAUUUCUGCUCUUUUUCUAACCAAUAUUUAUUCAAUUAAAUUAGAGAAUACUUAAAUUAUAAACACAUAGUAUAUUUAAUUAUUGAGAUAUAGCUAAGUCUAAGAGCUUUCAUAAUCUCUUACUAUAAAAAACUUAACAGCUGAAAAUUAUCAUUCAAAUUUACCUCUCGUUAGUAUCUACUACUCAUAUACUGUUAUUUUGAACAUAAUCAAACUAAACCAUGUUUAACUAUAAAACACAAAUCUUUUUGAAAUAUUUUAAACUUCAAUAUUUCAACUACAGGAUUUAGAGGCAAGCAAAGUGAUAAAUCAUUUAAAUUAAGUCAAUUAGCACAAUAAAUUAACAAGUAAAAAUAGUGAAAAUCAUUUUAGAUUAGCUUAAAAUGAAGAGUAGCUUAUAUAUAUUUUUUUGUUAAGAGGAAUACAAACAAGUUCACUUAACUCUUUAAAUAUAACUAAUUUAAUUGAUGUAGGUUUAGUUAACCUAAUAGCUUAUUCAAAAUAGGACUAGGACACUAGUUAGCUCCUCAAUAGAUAGUUUAAUUUAUAGAAUGUUAGACUAUAAAAAAUAUUAUAUUACAGUUAAAAAUUAUUGCUUUUAAAUUUGUAAUGUUUUAACUCUAAUAUAUAAAAAAUGCAUGUUACUAGCAUUUAAUCUAAUUAUCAUAUUAUAACAAUUAAUGCAAGAGAUAAAUUUGUAAUAGAAGAAUCAAGCUUUUUAAAUGUAGAUUUAGAAAAUGAAUCUAUAAUAAAUAUUUAAUAAACUCAGAUAGUUGAAAUCAAAUAAACUACUUUUGAAAAUAUUCAUGUCAUUAAUAUAAACUGUGGAGUUGUCUGCAUCAAUUCUGCCUAAGAUAUUAAAAUAAUUGAAUCAGCAUUUAUAAAUAUACAGAACUAAGAAGCUUAAGAUGACAAAGUUAUCCAAAAAACUGGUUCAGGGGCAUUAUUUAUUACUGAUAGCAUUUAUAUUUAAAUAAUAGAAAGCAGGUUUAUAAAGUGCUAGAAUUAUUUUUAUGGAGGAGCUGUGUAUUUAGAAUAAAAUUAAAAUGUAACUUUCUUUAACUCCAGUUUUACUUCGAAUAGUGCUGUUUUAAAUUCUGGUGGUGCUAUUUUUGCAAAGCAAAAUGUAAUCAGUUUUGAAAAUUGCACUUUUGAAAGUAAUUAUGCGAAUAAUGAAAAAGGAGGAGCUAUUUAUUCAUAGGAAAAUACCAUAAAAAUUUUCUAGUGCAAAUUAUUUAAUAAUAAGGCUUUGAUUGGUGGUGGAAUUUACACAGAUUUAGACAGCUUAAUUGAUAUUAAAUAAUCUUAAAUAACAAAUAAUUUUGGUUUAUUUUAUGGAGAUAAUUUGGGAUCUAUACCUAAAUUUGUUAAAAGAGUUGAGCAAAAUAAUAACACUAAAAUUGAUUAUAUCUUGAUAAAUAACUUCCAAAGUGGAAAUUAUACAAAAGACGUUAUAUAUGUUAAUUUUUUUGAUCAAGAAAAUAGAAUGCUUGAUUUUUUAGCAAUUUAAAAUUAUAUCAUCAAAAAUAAAAAUACUGUUUCAAAAAAAGUAGAAAGUGAAUAUUUAAGUUAUUUUCUGAAGGUUUAAAAUGAUUUAGAAGAUGAAAUCCUUAUUUCAUCAGGAAUACAGCUACUUUUUGAUGAUCUUACAGGCAUGUUUAGAUUUAACAUAAAUGCUUCGUACAAAAACUAAAAAAGAUAUGUUUUGAAAGUUGUUUCAAAUAUCAAUAAUUUAUAUAUCACCCUCAUAAUUAACUUUAGAGACUGCAUUAUUGGUGAAAUAAAGCAAAACAGGCAUGGCUUUAUAUUUUGCGAUGAAUGUAGUCAAGGAACUUAUUCUCUAGUGAAUCCAAAUACUGAAGCAUUAAAUCAAUGUAAAACAUGUCCUGCUGAAGCUCAGUUCUGUAGAGGAAAUUAAAUUAUUUUGAGAGACGGAUACUGGAGAGAAAACAGAAUGUCAGAUUAAAUUUUCUAAUGCAUAUUUUAAGGAUGCAGCGAAGUAAAAGGAAAUUAAUUUGGCUGCAUUUAGGGAUUUAUAGGACCUAUGUGCUAAAGCUGUGAUAAUUAUGGAGAGAAUUGGGAUCAUCUUUAUGGGGUUAAAGGAACAUACUGCUAUAGAUGUUCAAAUUAUGCUGAAGUUUACAUUUAUUUAGCAGUAGCUAUAGUUGUCUAUAUUUUGUAUAUUCACUUUAGUUUAAAAUCUUAGAUAGAUGAAAAAAGUAAAUUGAUCAAACUGAACUAUUUAAGAAAAAUGAAUAUUCUUUUUUUGAGUAAAUCGAGAUAAAAAGGUUAGGAUUCUGCAGUGCUUACAAAAAUAUUUUUAAAUUAUCUACAAAUUUUCUCUACUUCUUUUGAUUUCUUUUCAAGAAUACCCAAGAUAUUUGAAUCAACUAUUGAUAUUGCUGGUGACCCUACAAAUAUCACAGUUAACAGCUAUGACUGUCUUUUUAAAAUGUCUUGGAUUUAUCCUGUUUGGUUAAAUAGAAUUUUAAUUUAAUUUUUCCAGAUAUUUGUGACUUUUGGUAUAAUUUUAGCUAUUUAGAAGUGCUUUAGCCAAAGAAAACAAAAAAAAAUUUACAUUACAAUUUACUUAGUUUUUAUUUAUUUAUUCUAUUAUCCUUCAAUAACAAAGUUUUUGAUUUCUCUCGUUUUUUGUGAGCAGAUAGGAUCUAACUCCUACUUAAAAAAUGAUUAUAAACAACAAUGCUAUAGUCAGUAGCACAAAAUUUAUAGUCUAAUAUUAAUUUAUCCUAUACUCAUUGUUUGGACUAUAAUUAUCCCUGGUUUAUUAUUCAUAAAAAUGAGGAAAUCUAAAUAACAAGGAAAAGACUAAACUAUUUCAUAUAUUUUAUCUUAUUACAUUCUAUAAUAAGGAUUUAGAACUCACUUUUAUUAUUGGGAGAUAGUAAGAAUGAGUAAAAAAUUUAUGAUUAUGCUAGUUAUUAAUUUAUCUAUUAAUGAUACAAACCAAAGACUAAUCAUUGCAAUCAUCUGUUAAAUUUAUUUUACAUUGAUAAAUAAAUUAAAUCCUAUUAGUUCAUUAGUUUUUGCUCGUUGUGAGAGACUUUUAAUCUAAGUUUUAAUAAUUUCUCUAAUGCUAUAAUGCAUUUUAUAUUCAAGUGAAAAUAUGACAUUAUUAUAGACUAUCGUGAUAAUCUUAUUUUUUUUGAUAAAUGCUUAUGGAGUAGCUGAAUUAGCAAAAGCAUAUCUAAAGUUAAAGAAGCAAAAGCCUCCCAAAAUAAUACUUAAAAUGAGUCAGUAUCUCAUAAAAUACAGCUUCUUUAAAAACUAUUUCAAAAAAUAGAGAGUUCCUCUCCUAAGAAUAAGUCAGCUAUGGUAAUAAGUUUACAAGAACAGGAAAAAUUUAAUUUUAAUGACAUAAACUAAGAUAAAUACAAUAAAUAGAAUAACUUCAUUGAAUUAACUAGAAUCAAUUAGGCAUAUUGACUUAAAUUAAAUUCGACCACUAUAGCCAAUCACAUCAAAAUAAAUGCUGAAUCAAGAUGAGGUUAUUUAAUUCAGUUCUAUGAAUAUGGAAGACUCUUGA